UGCUGGAACUAGAGUGAACACAUGAACCAUAACGAGAGGAUAGAGAGGUAGCAAGAGAGCUGGUGGUAUAGAUCCAUAACUUAAAAACCCGGGCUUUUAAGUUAAGGACAUGAACCAUGAUACGAACACACACGCAACCAUAACUCACGCCGGAUUGGAUACGGAUUGAAGUGGCUAUUCAGUAUCCUGAAAUAGCAUCGAUAGUAGCACCGAUUGCAAAUGGUGCUCGGUGCAGAGUGUUGGAAAAUAGUUCAACGCUUGUUCAGUAGCAAUAAUUGUUAAUGAUAGUUAUCUGCAAUAACAAUUGCAGAUAAUUACUUACUUCAGAAUAAGUCUAGGUGAUAUCGUAUAUCGUGAUAUAUUUCUCAAUGCAGCGAUAAAUUCAGCAGUGGCUAAAAUCCACUAAAACCAGACAACAAACAAAUUUACGCUGGCUUCCAUAUACUUUCUUUUUGAAUUUGUGUUAGAUUUUUGAACCUAUUUUGAUUGAUAUAGAAAAUGUACGAAACUCUCCUCGAAACUCGUUGACUGCCUGAGCCAGUGCACGGCCGUCCCUCUUCCUCUUCCUCGGCGGUUUGAUGGUCGUGGUGUUUUGGUGGUUCGGCGCGGAAGUUGAAGAUGGGUAGUUCAGAUGAGAAACUGUUCGCAGUCGUAAAAUUCCCAGACGAAGAGGACUGUGUUGCGAUUGUUCAUGUAAAUUGGCUGAACGGGGGUGUGUGCAUGUGGCCUCCUGAGAAAAAUGGCAAUAAGCUGCGGGCACUCAUUGAAGAAGGAACGAUGCCAGCAGAGAAUUGGUUCAGACAGAGGUGUCGGCCAUUGGGUCUUUUCAGUACCUAUGAGCAAGCACGCCAAAAGCUUGCCGUUGCAGAGGUCAGAUCAGACCUAUCCACUGAUCAAGAGCUUGGACGUGGGAAACGACGGCGCAUUGUUCGGAGCUUCAGUAGCUCAGAUGAAGACGACAUCAGUCUGCUUCCCAAGCCACCCACACCACCACCUUGUGUGAAACUCUCAUCACACAAGAAGCCAAUCUCGUCACACAAGAAGCCAGGCUCGUCACGAAGUAGCAAAGAUCUACCACAAACUCACCAGAGAGCAUUCUGCCCGCCAUACAGCGACGACGAGGAUAUUGCUGAUGAACCUGAGGAGGCAAUGUGCCAUAGCAGUCAGAGGUCAUCUGCUGCACCUUCCUUAUCAAGCAGCCAGUCGUCUUUACCAACGUCAGCCCGGGGGUCUUGUGUAAUGGCAUCUGAUGACUAUGAAGCGGGAUAUAUGCACAACCACCGAAUUUCGCCUGCUGUGAAGGGAAGCACUGCGUUUAGCCAAGAUACUAAAAGUGGGUCAAAUGCGCUGCCAGGAAGCGCUGAGAAUGCAGCUUUCCAGAAAAGGGUGCUGACAUUGCUACAUUCCAUCAGAUAUGAGGUUCAAGAUAUUUCAAGCCAACUAAGUCACAGUCUAUCAAAGUUGAGCAUCCACAAAGAUGUGGACGAGCACGAGAAGCUUUUUGAGGAGCCUAUAAAUAACCUGGACGACUUUGUGGAGUUCGACAACCAGCUGCGAAAUAACAAACAGAAGCAGACCGAAGUGCGUACAUUCCUGGCAAUGUUUGGAGGCCGUGGCACUGCAGACCACGUGGCACGAAUCCUGUCUCGUGUUAUCACGAAUGACCUUGCCACAGAAUUCAGCUGGUUUGGCGCAAGGGGAAAAGAUCGUUCAAAGACCUUGCAUUCGCAGACCUACUUUGUGAGUCCAUCAGAUCUUCACUGCCAAAGGACAAGCAGAACACAACGUUCAAGGAUAUUGAAGAUGCAGUGAAAUCAUGGCUACGUCAUGCAAAAGAAAGGAAGGACAGGCAGGCAGAAAAGACGAGCAAAGGGGGGUCAUCGUAAGCCUCAACUAUAUUGUGUUUGGGCUGUCAAUCCUCAUUGCAUUCUCUAGUUUAGAAUGUGUAUGCCAUUGUGCCUUGUGUGUUACUUUUAUAGCACGGUAUGCCCCAGCAGACAGGCUCUGUUGCUGCUUUUCUUGUUGGGUUUCUCUACCAACACAAAUACCCCUCGCAUAUAGCCCACAUAUUCUGUUGUGAUUUCUCGUCAUAGUCACAGUGCUGUGGUGGUGGAU